AUGGCAACAUUUCCGGAAAGAACUCAGCAGGAGGCCUACCUGGAGAAGUUUUACGGAUAUGAUGGGCACCACCGCGGCCUCCAGAAGCGCAGCUGCCAACCCGACCCCUUCCAGACCAAGGUCAGGGAGAUGCAGCGGGCCUUCGGUCUGCACGAGAGCGGCGAGCUGACCGCACAGACCCUGACCGCCAUGAGGAGGCCGCGCUGUGGCCUUUCUGACGCAGAGGAGUUCGGCCCACUCAUGAGGUGGAUCAACCGCACCCUGACCUACAGGAUCGAGGGCUCUGUCCCCACUGUGAGGCCCUCGCAUAUGCGGAGAGCGUUUGGCGAGGCCUGGAAGCUUUGGUCAGAGGUCACUCCACUCAAGUUCCGCCGAAGGUCACGGAGGGAAGCUGACAUCAUUGUGACCUUCACCAAGAGAGAUCAUGGUGACGGCUCCUCAUUUGAUGGGAGAGGUGGGAUUCUGGCUCACGCCUUCCAGCCAGGAACGGGCAUCGGUGGAGACGUCCACUUUGAUGCGGAGGAGGACUGGACAGUUAGUACCAAAGGCCAUAACCUGUUUGCUGUGGCGGUGCACGAGUUUGGCCACACAUUAGGUCUUCCUCACUCACCAGACCCUGGUGCAGUCAUGUACCCGGCCUACAACUUCGUCACACACAGCGACUUCCAGCUCUCCUUUCAGGAUGUGAAAGACAUCCAGAAAAUGUAUGGCGUCCAUCCGGAUUUUAAUUUGAUGGCACUAAAGCGUCCACCUCCUAAGACCCCAGAGCGCUGUGACCCUGACCUGACCUUCGACGCCGUGUGCAGCAUGCAGCAGGAGGUCGUCUUCUUCAAAGACAGAUUUAUGUGGCGAUCACACCCACAAUUUGACAUGAUUGGAGUGGCGUUCAUAAGCAGCUUGUGGGAAGAUGUACCAUCACACAUCGACGCUGCAUACGAGGAUGUGGAGGGGGGCACCAUGCUGUUUUUCAAAGGCACUCAGUACUGGGAAGUCAGUGGAAUGACCCUGCAAGAAAACUCGCCCAAGAACAUCACUGAGCUGGGCUUGCCACGGAUUCUGAAAGCCAUCGAUGCAGCCUUUCACCUCCGCUUCGAGCGCCAGACAGUGUUCUUCGCAGGCAGAGUGUGCUGGAGAUAUGAUAACGAAAGGCACAGAAUGAUGGAUGGAUACCCCAAGCUCAUCACUCUGGAGUGGCCAGGACUCAGCGGACCCAUAGAUGGAGCUGUGAUGUCUAAUGCUCAGACUAACCUCUGGGCUCAGCUGUAUAACGACUAG